AUGGCCAAGGUUACACCUGUGUUCCCAGGGCCAGCCAAGUUGGCCCAGCUUGGAGCUGGGACUGCACAGUUUUGCCUCUGGUAUAAUCUUAACCCCUUCCUAACACAACUUCAAGAACGUAUUUUAUCAGUAUUACACACUUUUCAGACUACUCCAUGGAGACUGAUUUCUUGGAUUUUAGGAGUAUUGUGUCUUUUGUUGAUGAUUACUUUGGGAAUUUUGUUGCAUAAAUCAUUCAGUGAACAAAGUGUUCCUCCAACAGUUUCUCCAGGAUCCACCGAAGAACUCCAGAAAGACAUUGACUGUUGUUCUUGUCCAGAAAAGUGGAUUGGGUAUCGAUGUAACUGUUACCGCAAAUUUAAUGAAGGAAAAACUUGGACAGAAAGUAGAAAUUCCUGUGCUUCUCAGAAUUCUACCCUGCUUUAUCUAGAAAGUGAAGAUGAAUUGCAGGACUUUUGGAAACACGGUCAAAUUUUUUACUGGGUUGGACUGUCUUAUAAUAAAUCAAAUGGCACUUGGUUAUGGGAAGAUGGCUCUGCCCUCUCCAGGAAUCUAUUUCCAUCAUUUCAAAAUUUAAAUCCAGAGAAAUGUAUUUCGUUUAAUCCAAGGGGAGAUACUUUGAGUGAAACCUGUAAGAUGAAAAAUCAUUAUAUUUGUAAGAAAUGGCCUAUGUAA